AUGUUGGCACGUUCAGUCCUGCGCUCCGCGCGUAUGGCUGGCAAUGCCCGCAGCUCGCUGGCGCGAACGGCGACCCGCUCUACCACCUCCUCAUCCAUAGAUGCUGCGUCAGAAGCUGCUGCCUCUCCUUUCCGCCUGACCGUAGCUGGGACGGCUACCACUGCCCUAGCUCUCGGAUCAAUGGCGUGGUACUAUCAUCUCUACGGGCCCACUCUAUAUGCAAUGACACCGCAAGAAGAAGGACUUCACCCCACUAAAUACCCGUGGGAACAUGAGAAAUUCACAAAGACCUUCGACCACCAAACCCUACGACGUGGCUUCCAAGUCUACCGCGAAGUCUGCUCGUCUUGUCACUCCCUCAACCGCAUCCCUUGGCGAUCACUUGUCGGCUCCUCCCAUACCGUCGACGAGAUGAAAGCUAUGGCUGAAGAGAACGAAUACGACACCGAGCCCAAUGAUGAAGGUGAGAUCGAGAAGAGACCAGGGAAGCUGUCGGACUAUAUUCCUGCACCCUACAAGAACGACGAGGCUGCCCGUGCGGCGAACAAUGGAGCGCUCCCACCGGAUCUCAGCUUGAUGGUGAAGGCUAGACAUGGAGGCUGCAACUACAUUUUCUCCCUAUUGACUGGGUACCCGGAGGAGCCGCCUCCAGGCGCCACGGUGGCUCCUGGAUUGAACUUCAAUCCCUACUUCCCUGGCACUGGUAUUGCAAUGGCUCGCGUCCUCUACGAUGGUCUCGUCGAAUAUGAGGAUAGCACACCCGCUACAACAUCCCAAAUGGCAAAGGAUGUGGUGGAAUUCCUGAAUUGGUCCGCGGAGCCAGAGAUGGACCAAAGGAAGAAGAUGGGUAUAGCUACCGUUGUGAUUACAAGCGCAUUACUAGCUCUAAGCAUUUGGGUGAAGAGAUACAAAUGGGUUCCAAUCAAGACAAGGAAAAUCGUUUACAACCCUCCCAUCCGUGGAAAUCCUGGAGAUCGUUCGUCUGCUGGGCAUUAG